GGCCGGGGGCUUCCCCGGCUCUCAGUGGUGGGGACAGGGUCGGUGGAAUUGUCCCUUCCCGCAGGGAGCCCUCUGCGCUGGGGACAGGUGUGGGACACCUGAGCUGACCGAAAGCUUUGGCUCCCGGAGCCGUGUGCUGCUGGAACAGGGCAUUUCCCCUCCUUUGUGGGACAACCCAUGGAGCAGAGACACCCAGGGACAUGGGGCCAGACCCUGGCCUGACUCCCAGGGGUCCCCAUCCCACACAGCCCCGAAUGGCCACAAUUUACACUGUCCCCCACACAUUGCUGCUGCUGCUGCCCCUCUCCAUCCCCAGGGCGGGGCACUGAGUGUUUAUACCCUGCUGGGUGACACAGCAUUUGUGUGUGCCUCAGUUUCCCCCAGCACAAAAGGCACUCCUGGCAGUGGGAAAGGAGCCCUGGCUUUUCCCUCCUCCUUGUGCCACCAGCCCUGCUCUCCCCAGUGCCGGCAGAAGCAGCUGGAGCUGCCUGCACACCAGGAGUGUUCACAGAGGAAACCUCGUAGGACUGAGGCUGGGAAUGGACUGUUCCUUCCCCCUGCCCUGGACUCAGGCUGGAGAGGAAUUUGGCUCCAAGCAAGUGGCUCUCAGCUCCUCCUGGCAAAUGUCCCCACAGUGGUGGCUUUUGGAGACGUCUGCAGUGGGGUGCUGAGCUGUGGGGAAAGUGCAUGAGGAGCUUGGAGCAGUGUGGGGACAGGGAUACGCUGUGGGGGCACUUGGAGCUGGAGCAGGAGGAAGCUGUACCCCUGGCUGUGUUCACUUACCUGGGCUGCUUUGUUCCUCCAUGGAGGCAGAAAUCCAAAGCCCAAUUAGGGGGGCUAAUUAUGUGGCUGCACUCUCACCUUCUGUUCUGUGCUUGUCACCUGUUCCCCAUGUGGCCAGGCCUCGCCCUUCCCAGCUCACCGUGGCCCUGGUUGUAGAUCCUGGAGGUCCAGGCUUGGACAUGCAUGUCCAGGGUGGUGUCAGGGUGUGACAGGUCCCUAAUGCUGCUCCCCCCCGAGCUGGUGAGGUCCCCCAUGUGUCCAGAGCUGUAAGGGAUGGAGAGGCCCCACUCUCUGCUGGGGCCUGUGCAGGCAUUUCCAGCAGCUCCAGGAGCCUGUUGUCUCUGCCCUGCCUGGAAGCACGGCUCCCUGGCUCCAAGUGUUUAUCUCCAAGGAACGCGACGUGUCCCUGCACGGGGUCAUUGCUCCAAGGACGGAGUGGCUGCAGAUCACAUCAGGGGCACCUGCUUGGCACCAGCCUCUUCAGGAGCUGACAACCCCUCCAAAGGAUUCCUAGGCACAAAAACUGGAGGGUUCUCCUUAAAUUAAGCCCAGCAUAUGCUCCAGAGCAGUGGCCCCAGAGGCUCUGCUCCUAUCUGUGGAGCCUGUGGGUGGGCUUGGAGCAUCCCCUGCACAGCAGUGGUUGGGGCAAGAAAGUCUUUAGGGCACAGUCCUGGGAAGGCUUAGGAGGGCUUUUCCUCCACAUUUGCAUUCAAAGCUGCUUUGACCAAGCCAAGGCAAGGCACUGUGUGCAGUGUGGAUGGGGCUGAGGGUGUUUGCCCUGUCACACUGGGCACUCACCUGGGCUCAGCUGUUUCUCUUCCAGGGCAGCACUGUCACAUUUAUAAUUGAAAAAACCCAGCCAAAGACAGGAGCCUUUUAGCCUCCUGCCAUACCUCUGCUACAAGGCCUCAGCCAGCAGGGGCCAUGCGAUGCUCCCUGAAACGCUCCCUCAUGGUUCUGCUCACUGCCUCCUUCCUCCUCCUCCUCCUCCUCCUCCAUGGGGGCAGCCGGCAGGAACAGGAUCCCCUGAAGGUGGAGCUCAGGGGCCUGGCUCCUGACACGAUCCUGCAGCUGCUGCAGCCAGAGGGAGCCCAGCACAUCCUCAGGGACACAGACGAGCUCUCUGCACUCCACAACGUCUCCUACCAGCUCCUUGCUGGCUCCCUGGCUCCCCGGAAAAAAUUCCUGGCAGUGGGAAUGGCAUCUGUGCAGAGGCCCCGUGGUUUCUACCUGCUGGCCACGCUCCAGUCCCUGUUCAGCCAGUCCACGGAGGAGGAGCUGCAGGAGAUGGUGGUGGUGGUGCACCUGGCUGACACCGACCCCGGCUGGAACGUGCGCGUUGCCGCCACCGUCGCCCACAAGUUUGCUCACCACAUCCUCCUGGGUCGGCUCCUGCUCAUCCACGCUCCCCCCGAGUUCUACCCCACCCUGGAAGGCCUGAAGAGGAACUUCAAUGACGCCGAGGAGCGAGUGAGGUUCCGCUCCAAGCAGAACGUGGACUAUGCCUUCCUGCUUGCCUUCGCCGCCAACCUCUCCUCCUACUACCUAAUGAUCGAGGACGACGUGUGGAGCGCCAGGUCCUUCCUGACAGCCAUCCGCAGGGCACUGGCUUCCCAGCAGGGCUCCAACUGGGCCACCCUCGAAUUCUCCAAGCUGGGCUACAUUGGGAAGCUCUACCGCUCCAGUGAUCUUCCUCGCCUGGCUCGCUUCCUCCUCCUCUUCUACCAGGAAAUGCCCUGUGACUGGCUGCUGGUCCACUUCCGCCAGCUGCUUGCCCAGAAGGACGUGAUCCGCUUCAGGCCGUCCCUCUUCCAGCACAUGGGCCUCUACUCCUCCUUCCAGGGCACUGUCAACCGGCUGGAGGACGAGGAUUUCCAGGCCGACGCCUCGGACCUCCCAGACAACCCGCCGGCGUCCCUGCACACCAGCAUGUCUGUCUUUGAGAACUACGAGCCCCACAAGGCCUACAGCUCAGCACAGGGCUACUUUUGGGGCAAAGCCCCAGCAGCUGGUAGUACUUUCUCCAUCGUGUUCCGGCAGCCAGCCCACGUCAGCCGUGUCCGGGUGCGCACGGGCUCUGUGGAGCGCCCGGGCGAUUUCCUGCACGCAGGGCUGCUGGAGCUGGGCUGGAGCCGGGACCACAGCCAGGACUGCUCCUCCUAUGUCCCCGUGGGCUCCUUCAAGAGAGGGACCCUGGAGCAGCGGGGCCUGGAGACCGUCCUGCCUGGGCCCGUGGAGUGUGUGAGGAUCCGGGUGACCCAGGACCAGAGCGAGUGGCUCAUCAUCCAGAGCAUCGACAUCUGGACCACAGCAGGCACUUGAGCACAACAGCUGUGGCAGGAUGUCAAAGCACCUGCAUUUGGUUCUAAGAUGUCCUUUAUUUUUCACAUUCCCUUUUUGGAUAAGAAAUUAAAUUAUUGACUCCCACAGCCCCA